AUGACAAUCGAAACUCCUCAUGCUUAUUCACGACGUCCGGAUGUCGAUGUUAUUAUCAUUGGCGCUGGAUUUGGUGGCAUUAGCGCUCUAUAUCACCUUCGCAAACUUGGCCUGAAAUGUGCGAUAAUUGAAAAGGGGAAAGAUAUUGGUGGCGUCUGGUAUUGGAAUCAGUAUCCAGGUGCCAGAACCGAUUCUGGUAUACCAUCCUACGAGCUUGACAUUCCUGAGUGUUGGCAGACUUGGACCUGGAGUGAUCCAUUUCCAGGCCACCAAGAGAUCCGAGACUUUUUGGAUCAUUGCGAUCGACAAAUUGGAAUUCGUGAGCAUGUUAUAUUUGAGAAGAAGGUUAUUGGAGCGCAGUUCAUUAGGGACUUAAGUACAUGGGCCGUCAAUCUCGAUAACGGAUCAACCCUCAACAGCAAAUACUUGAUCUGCGCUACUGGCGUGACUUCCCAGAAACCUGACACUUUUGACGAGGACCUUAAAUCGUUCCACGGCAAAGUUUAUUUUCCGUCCAAUUGGCCGCAACAUGAAAUUCACCCCGAAGGCAAAGAUAUUGCUCGCUCUUACAAUACCGCUUUACCAAUGCCCACCCAACCCUCCGAUGGACUUGACUAUCAAGGCAAAAAUGAAGAUCGUGCAAAAAUGAUUGCGUCCCGAAUCACAACUCCCUCUGGAGUAGCCCUCUGGGCGCCUCAAGAAAAAGGAACAUUUGAAGUCUCGGAUGAAGAACGUGAAGCGAUGUAUCGUUAUCUGUAUCAGCGUGGUGCCCUCAGUUUUUGGCUCUCGGGGUUUAACGAUGUAACAAAAGAUAAGGCUGCCAACCGACUGGCAUAUGACUUCUGGGCACUAAAUACAAGGUCCAAAAUUCACGACGCACGAAAGAGGGAUAUCCUUGCUCCAAUAGAGCCUUCCUAUCCUUUUGGUGUAAAAAGACCUGGAAUCGACAAUGGCUAUUUUGAGCAAUUUAACCGCGAAAGUGUCGAUGUCGUUGACCUUCGCCGAACACCAAUUUCCGCUUUCAAAGGAGAUGGUAUCAUCACAGAGGAUAACACAUUCCGACAUCAUGACAUCAUCAUUCCUGCAAUUGGAUUCACCACAGUCAUCGAAAAUCUGAAAGCACUUGGAGUCACAGAUAUAAAUGGCGCUUCACUGGGAAAGCUCUGGGCAAACGGCAUACGCACCAAGCGAACAGAGCAAUCUACCCACAUGUAUCGAUAUGCAGGUUAG